AUGCAACCGUCCUAUGAACAACACUUGAAACCACAACUUCAGAACUACAUUUCGUUGCUCUAUUCUGACUGUGCACGAUACCUGUUUUUGCCAAACGGGAACACGGCUGAUUUCGAAGCGAACUACAAUCUUUCUCUUGCCAAUCUUCACAUGUAUGCGCUAAUAAAAGUGGGAGGCACUUCCCACUCACUCGAACUAGUGUACAUUCGCUCUGCUAUCAGCCAUCUACAGAUUCUUGAGGCUCACUACGGCAAGCCCGAUAUUUACACGAUAGAUUUGCGCCGGUUAUUGUAUGUUUGGGAGAGGCAUUCUCUUCUUUUCUCCCCAGAACCAGCCUUCAGACAUUCUGCACUUCUCGUCAAUCUCUCCGAGAUGGAGCGAGGUCCACUACCUCAGAGUGUCGUCUAUGCCUAUUACCUAAUGCUCAAUGUUUUAGACGAGCAGCUAUUGUUUCAGCAGGUAGUUGCUGAGCCUUUUUCCUGGAGAUUCCUAGGCUCAGCCACACCAAUGGGUCUGUCAUACGCAUCAACAAAAGCAAAAUUGAACGAACUUUUGCAAAAUUACGGCACAGGCGGUCACACUUACAGCACUUUGUCCCAGUUUCUAUACUUCAUGCUUUCGCUAAAGGUCAUACAAGUUUACCUGAAAGAGUUAUCGCAAGAGUACGUUGCGCUGGAGUUAUUUGAGGCAAUCUGUCAGGUGAAUGUGAUAGUAAACCUGCAACGGCAUUAUCUACACAACUUCAUCGUAGUUUUAGGGGUGGUUCCUCAGAUGCUUGAGGCAUUGAAAGCAUAUCUUCAAGUGACGGUUCGUGAGCAGUGGAACACCCAUACUUAUGAGUCGCUUCUACAGCUUUCCCACUGCAUUUCUUACUUUCUGGGCCAGAAAUCCGAAUUCAACGACCCCAUUCUCCACAACUGGUUUUCUCAGCUCAACGAUCCCCAGCAACAAGAAUUCAUUGGUGGGUUGUAG